AUGGAGGGAGCUCCUCUUUUGGUCGGCAUCAGUGUCGUGGUCAUCACGGCGUUCCUAGCCAAGAAGUUUUUUGGUGGUCGAAAGAAAGGACCACCAAAGGUACUGAUUGAUGCACAGACAAAGUACCCCCUUGAAUUGGUAGAUAAGGAGAUCAUCAGCCAUGAUACUAGACGAUUUCGUUUUGCGCUGCCAUCAAUGGAACAUGUACUUGGACUACCCAUAGGUCAACAUAUUUACCUAAGUGCUAAGAUCAAUGGUAAUUUGGUUGUUAGACCGUACACGCCGGUCUCUAGUGAUGACGAUAAGGGUUUCAUGGAUCUUGUAGUUAAGAUCUACUUUAAAGGUGUUCAUCCCAAGUUUCCUGAUGGUGGUAAGAUGUCUCAACAUUUAGAGAAUAUGCCGAUUGGUGAUUACAUCGAUGUGAGGGGGCCAUCUGGGUUGUUGACUUAUGCCAGUCCUGGUGUCUUUGCCAUCAGACCAGACAAGAAGUCACCACCUGAGCUGAAGAAAACCAAGAAACUGGGCAUGAUAGCUGGUGGUACAGGAGUUACUCCCAUGCUGCAACUGGUCCGUGCUAUUUUGAAGGAUCCUGAGGAUAACACUGAGUUAUAUCUGAUCUUUGCCAAUCAGACGGAGAAGGAUAUAUUAUGUCGCCAGGAAUUAGAGGACUGCGAGAGAGAAAAUCGUUCCCAGUUUAAGCUGUGGUACACCCUUGACAAGGCCCCAGAAGACUGGAAGUACAGUGAAGGGUUUGUUAAUGAAGAUCUGAUCAAGGAACAUCUUCCACCUCCCGGUGACGAUACACUUAUUCUGAUGUGUGGACCACCACCUAUGAUUACUUUUGCAUGCCUACCUAAUUUGGACAAACUAGGAUACUCUACAAGUAGAAGAUUUUCUUAUUAAUUUAUUGUAUUAAUUUUAACUUGGUUAGGUCCAUUUUUCGAGAAAGAACAUACUGGAUUUUAGAUCAUGCUUAGAACCUGGGUAAAAAGGCAAUGUUUCAGCUUGUAUGAAUGCCCUUGGUCCAAUUGUUGACUGUUUUAGGUAGCUUAUUUUACAAUUUAUCCAUUUUUUCCAAUUUUUCAAAUUAAUUUUGUGAACUUGACGACUCUCCUGUUUCUCAUUACAAAGAAUCUAUGUAUUAACUUGAAAAGGUCAUGUGUCCCGGUCUGUUUGGAAAAAAAAAACCUAUAAAGGGGGCAUUUUUCCUCUAUCAAGGUCGCUGGUAAUACUUGACCCUAAAGGUCACACAUCCAGGCAUUUUUUUUUGCCCUCAAGGUCACAUCUUAAUUUGCAUAAUCAAUCCAGUAAAACUAUGCUUGUUGCUACUCAAAUGAAAAAUGUUGUGAUCAGGAGCAGGUUUUAAAAAUGGAUGCAUUGUAAAGAGGCAUUGGAAAUGUAGGCUUAUUAACCUUUUCACCACCAUUUCCCUCUUUUCAUCGCAAAUUCACAAAA